AUAGUAGUACUAGUACAUAACAGAAACAGGAGUAACAUGCAACAAGUAGCAUACAACUCUUGCUAGGAGAAUCAGGUACUUAGCUUAACUGUGAUCAGGUCAGAUAAUACUAACACAACUGGACUUGGCUCAUCUGUGAUAUGGGUGAAUCAUCACCAACAAAGCUUGAAUUGCCCGGCUUUCGGUUCCACCCUACCGAGGAAGAGCUCAUCGAAUUCUACCUCAAAAACACCCUUUAUGGAAAGAAAUUGCACUGUGAUAUCAUUGGUGUGCUCAAUAUCUAUGGUUAUGAUCCUUGGUAUUUGCCAGAGCUAGCAAAGAUUGGGGAGAGGGAGUGGUACUUCUUUGUUCCAAGGGACACAAAGCAUGGGAGUGGAGGGAGGCCUAACAGAACCACUGCAAAUGGGUUCUGGAAGGCCACUGGUUCUGACCGCAAGAUUGUUACUUUAUCCGAUCCCAAGAGGGUCAUCGGACUGAAGAAGACUCUGGUUUUCUACAAAGGAAGAGCACCAAGGGGAACCAAAACUGAUUGGGUCAUGAAUGAGUAUCGCUUGCCUGCUUCGUGCCCUUUACACAAGGAUAUUGUGUUGUGCAAGAUAUAUAGGAAAGCUACAUCAUUGAAGGUGUUAGAGCAAAGGGCGGCAAUGGAAGAGGAAAUAAUGAAAACCAAUAACAGUACCUGUUCCGAUUCUCCAUCUCCGCAAACAACGUCGCCAGUGAUUUCAAUGGACACCACUGCCUCAUUUUCAAGCAAAGAUCAAGAUUUGGCAGCAGCAGGAGCAAAAGAGUCGUUUAUGAAGGAGGAAAUCGUCGAAGAAGAAGAUACAAUGCUAUCUUUUCCAAGUGGUGAAGCUGGAGCAAAUACAAAAUGCUCAAGUCUCCAUUUGCCAACUGGUAUGGAGAGCAUGGAUCUCCAAUUGCCAAAAUUCAGUAGCCAAGACCCCUUUCUCACACCAUUAUGCAGCCCUUGGCUUGACAAUUGGUUCAUCUCAUAUGCAAAUGUAUAUAAUCUCUAAAGCUUUGUACAAUGCUUAAAGGGAUGAGUUCAAAAUCCUAUUAAUUAAUCCUACAAUGUGCAUUAUUCAUUGACAAAAUAGUCCUUAUGUGAAUUCUCAAAAGCCUGAAUUCUUCAACUUCAGAUUUCUUAUGACAUGUAUAAAAAUGGUAGUCAUUUAUUCUA